AAUGGCACACCAAGGAUGUUUAAAAUAGGAAAAGAGUACUAUUCAAAUGUUUGAUCAGUCUAUAAAAUGAAGUAUUGACAUUUAAAUAAAAACAGAUCUAAAGUGAAAAAGAGACAGUAGAAACAGACACAAAAAACAGCUUUUAGAGGUUUUUUUUUUUUUUUUUUUUAUCAGCUGAACGUUUCCUUCCCGCUCUUUGUUGCGGUGUUACUGCGGGAGGAGAUAAACCUCUUUACAGUUUGGAUGUUAACAGCAGCAACACCCUGACCUGAGCUGCUGACGUUAUGGUGCUGAAGAUCUUCUUCCCACAGUGCUGCAACCGGGCGGACAGCGGGCUGCUAGUGGGCCGCUGGAUCUCCAGUCAUGGCUCAGCUGUGGUUCUGGCAGUCAUCCACUAUCCGUUCAUCCCGGGACAGGUGAAGCAGUACAUCCAGCAGAUCCAGGCUCAAAGCGGCGUGGAGCUGUCGGUUCUCGGCUCCUGGAGUUUACCCAAAGACGGGCAGGAGGGCAUGGAGAGCUUCCUCAAGGACCUGAGCACCAUCUUCCCCAAGGAACGCUGGCUCCAGAUCAGCCGUCAGUUCGGAAAGACGGGGUUCACCUGCGAGGUGCUCAGCAGAGAUCAGAUUUUCAGUAAGAAUUCAGGUGAAAAAGUAGUUCCACAAAAAGAGAAGAAGAAGAGUGAAGAGGACGGUGGAGAUGGAGAGCAGGAGGAUGAAGAGAAGGUGAUCUUCGUCCACUAUGAGCAGAGGAAGGUGAUGCUGUCACAGCUUCAUCCCAUCGAGAUCCAAGACUCUGAGAGCAAAUCCGAACCUCCGUCUGAGCUCAGACAGAUGUUCGGGACGGUGGCCUCCAGCCAGCCGCUUUUCUUCCUGGACAAGUAUGACGACGGGCCACUGAAGUCGACCCACUGGCAGUCCGAAGGGCGAGAGGCCAGCAUCAUCGUGGAGCUGUUCAAACAGGCCUCAGUGCCGCUGUGUGUCCUCAUCAGCUGGCUGCUUUCUUUGUGGACAUGGAUCUGCAACAUCCGGAUCUUCACUGUUUUCCCGCUGCGCUUCCUGGCCUCCAAACUGUCCACAUGUAUCCAGCUGAGCUACAGAACCGAACACAUGAGGAUGCUCAGCUCAUCGAAAGCAGCCGCCGGUCACAUGGACUUCAUGAGGAAAGCCCACAUCCUGGUAUCGGUCCUGGUGGACGUGGCGCUCGGUGUUCUGCUCAUGUGGUGGCUCUACAGAGACAACCACAUCGCCAUGCUGGCCAACACUCUGGUGCCUGCUGCUGAUCGAGUGGCUCGGCAGCUGGAGGAACUGUUGCAGUGGCUGAUGGGAGCUCCGGCCGGCUUGAAGAUGAACCGGGCACUGGACCAGGUGCUGGGUCGCUUCUUCCUUUACCACAUCCACCUGUGGAUCAGCUACAUCCACCUGAUGUCUCCGUUCAUCCAGGGAAUCCUGUGGUACGGCGGCCUGUUGGCAUGCCUCGGCCUGACAGUUGCCCUCUCGCUGCUCUCGGACAUGGUGGCGCUGUUCACCUUUCACAUCUACUGUUUCUACGUCUAUGGAGCCAGGCUGUACUGCUUGAAGAUCUACGGACUCUCGUCUCUCUGGAGGCUCUUCAGGGGGAAGAAGUGGAACGUCCUGCGGCAGAGAGUCGACUCGUGCUCCUACGACCUGGACCAGCUCUUCAUUGGAAUGCUGCUGUUCACCAUCCUGCUGUUCCUGCUUCCCACCACAGCGCUGUACUACCUGGUCUUCACCCUGCUGCGUCUGGUGGUGGUGCUGUUCCAGGGCGUCCUUCAUCUCAGCUUGGACUUCAUCAACUCCUUCCCUCUGUUUGCCAUGGCUCUGCGGAUCUGUCGGCCAUACAGACUGGCAGAGGGGGUAAAGUUCAGAGUGCUGUGUGAGGAGCCCGGCACCGCCCUUCACCUGCUGAUGGAGAUUAACCCUCUGAAGUGCAGCACUCUGGUCCAGACCUACCGCACCCCGACCAACAGCUGCUACCCCAGAGACUCGUGGGCCGCGCUCGUCAAGAAGCUGUUCGUCGGGGAGCUAAUUUAUCCCUGGAGACACAAAAGCACCAAGACCGACUGAAGGUCCGACCCAGAGAGGAGGGGGUUAAACUGUGAAGUAUUCUGGAAAGCUGUAAUGAUUAAUUAUGAGCCCAGAAACGUAAAAAAACAGAAAUAUAAACACUCCUUUGUUCAUUCCAUCUUUUAUACUCCAUAUUUUUCAUUUUUGUCGAUACUUAUAAAAGAUGUGAAACUCUCCUCAUGUAGUUUAAAUGCUAAAGAGUCGUUGAACAAUAAUACUUUUUACAUUUAAUUUCCUCACUGAUGUGAUUAAAAUGAAGAUAAAUUAAAGGAUUUUGUCCUAAUAGAACAAAUGUUGCAGAUUUAGCUGAAAAAUGUUUUAAAAAUAAAAAACUGAAGAUGAUUUCUGAUUAGAAAUGAGUCGAGGUCCGGGUUCAGCCCAGUUCUUCUAGUUUUUAGUUCUUUAAAAGGACCAAGACACACAUUUAGAUCCAUUUUUAAUAUUUUCUUUACUUAAAAGUUAUAUUUUCACUGGAACACUGAGAGAUUGGUACCUACAGCUUUUUCCAACUGUUUGCUGCUUUUCCAUCAUUCUGUCCUCUUCAACUCGUCUCAGCCAAUCAGAGGCCGGGAAGGCCUGGUCAUGUGACACUACACUAAACUUUUUGGAACAAAUCAGUGAGGUUCAUGAAAAAAGUAGUAAAAGUUCAACUUUUAAUUUGCGUAAUUUUAUUCAGUGGAGGAAAAAAAUCCUAGGUUACAAAUGACCUGUUAAAUAGUUACUGGCAACCUUAACAAGUCCUCUAUUUAUAAUUAAGAUGAUCAGUGUGUCUAGGAACUUUUAACUAUUGAUCCCCAGGAUAUAAAUAUGACGUGGCGCAGAGCCCCACGUCUCUUAGCCACUGUUCAAGAUGGGAAAGACAAAAGAACAUGCCAUUCCAGUAAUUCAGAUGUGUGUUGAUCUUAAUGUGAAGACAUGGUUAAAAGAAAAAAGCCACUCAUCUAACACCUGCCCAAAUCUAGUCAAAGCAUUCAUUAAAAAGUUUUUAAAAACUUCUGAGUUCAACUUGGCAUCAUGCACAGUGAGGAGGAACUUCUCUGAAGCUCACUGUUAGAGCAAAGAGUGGCGUCUUGGAGUCACAAAGUCUCCAUAACCACUGUUGGAUACACAUGCUUGCAUGGAAAAAAGCUAUUCCUGGUGGAGGAUCUAUGAUGCUGUGGGCCUGUUACUCUUCCAAAGGUCUUUGUAACCUUGUUAAAGUUCAUUGCAUCAUGAACUCUUUAAUAUAAUCAUUUAAUAUCAGGAGAUUUUAAACAAAAACCUGGCGUUCUUUGCUAGAAAACAUCCACUUAGAAAUAUGUUUACAUGCUCCACAAUAAACUAAACACAAAACAUUUUAAUAAACCAAGUAAAGUAGUCUUGUCUGUCGAAAGGGGAUCUGUAAAUCAUUGUGGACCCGAAACAUAAAAAUGGUCUCAGAGCUGGCCCGUUAAAAAACAGCAUAAAAUGUCCUAAAUUAAAAUUAAAAGCAAAAACAUGGUGGAUAAAAGGUGAACACAUUCUGUUGCACCUUAUAUUUCCCAUUUUAAGAAGAUUUUAAUUGCACUCUGACAUUUUUUAGGCAUGUAUCUGCAUCAACUUCUUGUACUGUGGUCGAGGUCUGCAAAUGGCCCCCGAGCCACACCUUGGACACCCCCGAUCUAGAGAGAUUGUACAAAGAAGAAAGGUCAAAGAUCUCUCUGAAUGCUCCAACCUUAUGAAAUGUUAUACAAAGAGCUAACCUGUUGUACAAAGUUAUAUCAGCAGUGGGUGUGGCGCCAGUGGUGUUGCGAAAUAAGAUAUGGGAUUUAUCUCUCCACUGGUUAAAUAUUCAGAUAAAAAGUUGGAUUUUCCAUAUUUUUUAGUUUGAGAUUAUCCUGCUGCAAUAAAGGAGAAAUGAAUAAUUAUUAAUUGUAAUUGAUUGUAGUUGCAAAACAUAAAAAGGGUCGGGCAUACAGGUUCCUAAUUCUUGGGGUUGUUUUCUUAGCCUGAGUCUGUUUCUGAGUAGAAGUUCCUGGAUGUUUGUGGAUCUUUUUAUCUCUGCUGAUAAAUGCAGAAACCUGGUUGUUGUCUGUGAAAAUGUAACUUAACGCUAAGUAUUAAAAGUUAACAGACUUCUUGCAAGUCAAAAGCCUUAA